CUGCGAUAGCGUCUUCCUGUUCCUCAGUAGCGGUUAGCCGAAGGGAAGCAAUGGACUUCAAAAUGAAAGGGCAGGGCUUGGAUGUUACGUCGCCGUCGCUUCUGCUAUUCUGAUGUCAAUAACACGUUGCAACUUCCCUUUCCGCGCCUGAGCAGCGCAGCCAGGAUUCGUACCUUUACACUACAAUGCUAGCGGUCCCACGACGUUGAGCACCGGGUACCGUGCGUUUCUCGCAGGCCAUGGGCGAACGCAACAGCCGUGCAGUAUUUGCCGGCAUCUUCUGCUUGUUCCUGUCUGCGAUCGCUGUCCCUUCCGUGAACGUAGGACUGCAGGCAGCAUUUGAUGCGCCGCCAUUACUUGUUGAACUAUUAGAGACCGCGGCUGAAGAGAAUGCCACCGCCUACUUCCCACUGCUCGACCGGAUAGCAGAGGGCUAUUUCCAUACAGCUCGAACCGACAAGGAGCUAUAUACGAUUUUCAGAACUCUGUUGGAAGAGGAUGGCCAUCUCAGCAAAGCCGACGACCUUUCGUCGUUCGACUUUGCCCUCUCCAUACACUCCACGGCCCCUCGGAUAGCGGCUCACUAUCACUACUACGAUACUGCUGUAAAGCCUUCGCUUGGACCAGAUGAGGAUGAGGGUUGCGAGACAUGGGCAUAUGCAGCUUUUAACGGGCAGAAGUUCUGCUCGCCGGAUAUGGCAGAAUCUGGCGCACAGGUCCCGGGCCUGCCAAGCGAGCAUCUGCAUCAACUCCCCUUCGACAGAGUGCUUGGUGCCGCUGACAGCAAUCGUCCGUCUGUACUGUAUGCGGAUGUCUUAUCUGAGUCCUUCCGAGCCUUCCACCGCACCAUGAGCAAGACUGCAGCAGACGGCAAGACGUCCUACCGCGUCCGUUACAAGCCCAGUCGAAGCCUUGUAUCCACACCACUGACAGUAAAUGGCUAUGGUGUAGAGUUGGCGCUGAAGCGUACCGACUAUAUUGUGAUCGACGACCGGCAAGCGGAUGGAGAGCCAAAGCCUGCUACGGCCGCAGCUGCAGACGCGACCCUGAGCGAAGAAGAUGUAUCUGACUUGCGGCCAUUGUCUUCCUCGGAGCUGCUUCGGCUAGGUCUGAAGGCUUCAAGCUUCGUUAUGGCCAGUGACGCGCAGCUCGAUACUCUGCUUAGGCUGACCCAGGACUUCCCGAAGCACUCGAGCGCCAUCGCUUUGUUCAAUGUCUCGGAUGACUUUAUGAAGGAGCAUAGGGACAACAGAGACCUCCUGCUUCCUGCAGGCUUCAAUGUACUUUGGAUUAAUGGCGUGCAGAUCAUGGCUCGUGAUUUGGACGCCUUCUCGCUCCUUGAGCAUCUCCGGCGCGAGCGCAAGAUGAUCAACGGCGUCCGCGAACUUGGGUUGAGCGGAGCAGAAGCCAUUGAACUGCUUUCACACGAGGCUAUCACUGCUUCUGCAGUCAAUCAGGAAGUGCAACGCUACGAUUGGCGUGACGAGAGUGAAGGUGGCAAUGUUAUUAUGUGGCUGAACGACAUCGAGAAGGACAAGCGCUAUGCAGACUGGUCAGGCAGCAUUAUGGCGCUUCUGCAACGCACGUACCCUGGUCAAUUGCCCGCUGUGAAACGCGACAUUCACAACCUGGUCGUCCCUAUAGACUUCUCCAGUCACGCAGAUGUUAUGACAGUGGUGGAGAACCUGCAAGGCUUCGUUCAGCGCAAGGUACCGAUCCGCUUCGGCCUCGUACCUCAUCUAAAGACCCCUACCAGUACCGAUCAAACAAAGAUUGUAUACUACUUGAUCGAGACAUACGGUCUCUCCGCUGCGCUGGAUUACCUUGCGAAGUCCGUCUCGACUGCUGGCCGCAAGUUUGGACCACCGCAGGAGAAGCUAUUCACGCAGACCACCGAAGGACGGAAGGUCCGUCAGGACCGCAGCAUUCUGGCGUUCGCCGACGUACUCGCCAGCACAGAGUUUGAUGAGCGUCUCAAAGGCGCUCAAGCAUACAUCAAGCGGCUUGGUGCCGGUCAGGCUUCGCCACCUAUACUCAUCAACGGUGCGCCUAUACCGCAUACCGAUGAAUGGUUGCAAACCAUGAGCCAGCGACUCGGUCUUGACGCACGUACCGUACAGCAAGCCGUAUACGAGGGAACUGUGAACGAAGAUAGCUACCUUCCCCACGUCUUCCUGUCACAAGCAAGCCUACGCCGCAACCCAAUAGUCACGCCGGAAGAUGACAAAGACGUUCGACAUGUCAGUCUUGGCGAGCUGCCACAGAUGGCUGGCUUGCCGAGUCUGCCCGCCAGCGAAAGCACGAUAGAGAGAGAGUUGGUGCAUGUCACUGUUGCUGCAGACUUCAGUUCGCUUGAGGGCAUGCAGCAGCUUAUGGAGGCACUACUUUUUAAGGACCUGCAUGACAACGUAGAGCUUGCCUUUCUUCAUUUGCCGGGAGACGGCUCGGCUCACCCAACCUCCAACGCCGAAGCUGAAACUGAGGACGUUAUAGGUCAUGUGCAGUCGCUCCAGCAAACAUACGAAGCUUCUAUGCAAAGGCCAAAGGGCGAGGAAGCAGAAGUGCCGGACUACGACGGAAGACAAGCCAUCUAUAAGCUGCUUUACCGGACACUCCGCGAUCAGUCCAGCGCGCAUUCGUCCUUGAGAGCGUCAGCCGCGUCCAGGAAGCUUGCACAGGCAGUCAAUAUCUUACCUGGACAGCACGCCCUACUAAUCAACGGUCGGGUAGUGGGGCCCAUGCCGGCUUCCACGAUCCUAGAACUGGACGAUCUGGAAGCUGUGAUGGCUUACGAGCGCAAGAAGCGUCUGCUGCCCGCUGCGCUAGCUAUCGAGGGGUUAGGUCUGCAGGCUAAAGCGUCUACACCAUCAGCAUUCGCCCGCAUAUCGAACUUGAUUGCACUAUCACAGGUUUCUAGUCUGCCAGAAGGUAUCUUCGAGGCCGCGCCAACUGUUCGUUCCGGCGCCUUCAAGGCAUGGAACUCGAGCUACACUGCGAUCAAAGUUGGGGAUGUGGAAGCAGCCAAUGUGCAGAUCACUGCCUCCAUUGACCCUGCUUCUGAGGUUGGCCAGCGCUGGCUGCCCAUCAUCAAGACUCUUUCUGAGCUCGAUGGCACUGCGACAACUUUGUACCUGAACCCAAGAGAGCGGCUUGAGGAGAUUCCCAUCAAACGAUUCUACCGCCAUGUGCUGCAAUCGAAGCCCACUUUUGACGCGGAUGGCGCUCUAGAAGGCCUGACUGCACGCUUUGGCGGCCUGCCUGCCGAUGCUCUACUGAACAUGGGCAUGGAUCUUCCGCCAUCGUGGCUUGUCGCUCCCAAAGACAGUAUCCACGACCUCGACAACAUCAAGUUGAGCGCGAUCAAGUCUGGAGCAGAUAUUGAGGCAACAUACGAGCUGGAGCACAUCCUGAUCGAAGGUCAUUCGAGAGACGUUACGCUAGGUCCACCACCUCGAGGCGCACAGCUUGUGCUAGGCACUGAGCGCGACCCGCACUUCGCUGACACCAUCAUCAUGGCCAACCUCGGCUACUUUCAGUUCAAGGCUAAUCCUGGCGUGUACAAUUUGACCUUACAGGAAGGCAGAAGCCAGGAGAUCUUCCACAUAGACAGUGCCGGCACGCUUGGGUACGAACCACAGCCGGGCGACAACACAACGGAGAUCGCCUUGAUGAGUUUCAGGGGCUCAACACUGUUCCCACGGCUAGCACGACAGCCCGGAAUGGAAGAUGAGGAUGUCCUCGAAGCGCCCAAGACCGCACUCGACAACUUCACAGAGGGUGCAGAGACCUUGCUCGCGCAGGUUGGGCUGUCUUCAUCUCAAACACGCAAGUACCUCUCCAAGGCCGCCAGAUGGGGUGUCGCCUUGAUCUCGGGUAAAGGCAAGCCGACUGACGUCUCGGCAGAAGCUCACGCUGAUAUCAACAUCUUCUCGGUCGCUUCCGGCCACCUUUACGAGCGCAUGUUGAACAUCAUGAUGGUGUCAGUCAUGAAGCAUACCAAUCAUACGGUCAAGUUCUGGUUCAUUGAGCAGUUCCUCUCGCCCUCAUUCAAGAGCUUUGUGCCCAGCUUGGCGAAAGAGUAUGGCUUCAAGUACGAGAUGGUCACGUACAAGUGGCCGCACUGGCUGCGAGGUCAGAAGGAGAAGCAGCGCGAAAUCUGGGGUUACAAGAUCCUAUUCCUGGACGUGCUAUUCCCGCUUGACCUGGACAAAGUCAUCUUCGUCGACGCUGAUCAGAUCGUUCGCACGGACAUGUACGAGUUGGUGCAACAUGACCUGCAUGGGGCGCCAUACGGCUUCACGCCGAUGUGCGACUCGCGGACGGAGAUGGAAGGCUUCAGAUUCUGGAAGCAAGGGUACUGGAAGAACUUCCUGCGCGGCCUGCCAUACCAUAUCUCCGCGCUAUACGUGGUGGACCUGAAGAAGUUCAGACAGAUCGCAGCAGGUGACCGGUUGAGGCAGCAGUACCACCAGCUCUCCGCCGAUCCAGCAAGCUUGAGCAAUCUAGACCAAGACCUGCCAAAUCACAUGCAGAUGGUUCUGCCUAUCCACUCAUUGCCGCAGGACUGGCUGUGGUGCGAGACGUGGUGUUCGGACGAGGCGCUGAAGACGGCGAAGACGAUUGAUCUGUGCAACAAUCCUAUGACCAAGGAGCCAAAGCUGGAUCGUGCAAGGCGACAAGUGCCUGAGUGGACGGUUUACGAUGAUGAAAUUGCAGCGGUUGCGAAAAGGUACAAGGAGAGUCAGGCUGCCGGUCGGCCUGUUGCUGGUAGUGCAGGAGAUGCUGGGGUGCAGGGAGAGGAAGAAGAGAGCAUCCAGGAGCGGUUGCAGCGGGAAGAUGCUGAGAAGGAGCGCAAGAAGCAGGAGCACGUCAAAGAUGAGUUAUAGAAUUAGACGAGCUGUACUACUACAUCGCCAGUUAGAGUCCGCUGUCUUGUCGUUCGUCGGGCAUCUCCUUGGUUGUCACGCG